CUCCGUGUGUGAGGCAGGGAGAGGAGGGCGGUGCACACCGGGUGAUGCUCGUGUGUCUCCCUCCGCCGUGGACAUCCCCUCUCCCCCGGACCAGGAUGCAACCUGCCCGGCUUCCCGAGCAAGAUGGCGUCAGGCUGACACGGAGAGGAGGCUGAGCGGAGAGAAAAAGACAAACUUCACAACAUGGCUGUCCUUCGUCCCGAGAACUGCACAUCUACGCUCCACCCAUGCAUGUGUUUACGCAUGGGUUGCCUGGUGAGACCUGCUCCCAGCACUGCUUGGGUGUGUUUUUGAAGAGUCAUGUGGUGGAAUCUGUGCUUCAACACACACUGAAAUUAAUGCUACUAUGUCUGCUAUGAAGCCAAAUGCACAAGAGGACAAAGAGGUGGAAAUAGUGUCUGACAGCCUGGGUCAUACUCAGGAGCCAUUGCAGAGUCACACAUUCUGUCUGAAAAACAAUGCUGCAGGUCUGUCCUCAGAGGAACACGAAAACCCUUUAAAUGGAACCCAGCCGAAUCCAUUUGUAUACAGCAGUGUCCCCGCUGUUCCCCAUGCAGGCAAUUCAUUGCCUUCAGGAGCACUUGUUAAUGGACCUGGUUCACACCCCACCUCAGAGGUACACUGUGUCCUGAACAAAGGCACUGUUUUAUCCAACAAUGUCCUGGAUGCCGCGUGGCAAGUGGAGAAGGACACGCGCCCCGAGGUGUUACCACCACCUAGUGAGCUUCAAUCAGACGCUUGGAAGAACACAGCGGGGCCCGCUGUAAAAACACUGGCCACACUGCCAGGUGUCAACACGCCACUGUCUCACUUGGAGGAGAAUGAGUCUAAACUGGCCUAUUCCACACUGUCAGGUGACAGUGCAGAGCAAAUGCACAUUAGCAAACCUCGGAUAAAACAGACAAUAGAAGCGGGAUCUCGACACAGUGCUGAAUGGUCACAAAGCUCCUCUGAUGAUAAUGGUGAUUUUGAAGUAAUCAGAUGGGAUUCAACAAGAGAGUGCUUCUUGCACAGUGGCAGAAGGCUGGAGACCAGAGUGACGCACCAAAGAGAAAAGCAGCACAAUACACAUGUAAAAUCCAUGGCAGGCUCCCUAGAAAAGGUCAACAACAGUUUAAAUCACUCGUACAGACUUUCCUGCCCUGGUAAUGAUGUUGAAAAUGUUGACAUUGCCAACAAAGAUGAUUCUUUGGCUACACAAUCAGGUAUUAAAUAUUCUGUCAUACCUUUCAGAGAUCUGUCAAGGAACACAGUGUUAGACUGUGAGCAGCGUAUUUCUGGUGUAGCACAGGAAGGCUCUAAUGAGGAAAAUGACCCUGAAGAUGAAGUCGGUUUUCAUCAAAAAGUGGAACAGUUGAAGGCAGAGCAACUUGAACAAGAUCCAUUCUUCUUUUCAUGCACAAUAUGCAAUGUUAAUUUCAUGGAAAAAAGACAUUUCCAUAGACAUAUGAUGUAUCAUUUAGGCAAGCAUAAUCAGGUGAAGAGUGAGAAUGUUUCACAGGCCUUUAUAUGCAGGGAGUGUGGGCGUUUGUUCUGUGAUAGGAACUCCCUCAUGAAGCACAUCAUUAUUCACCAAGACAGGCUGGAAAAACUUAUGGGGGAAAUCAAAGGUCUCAAAAAUCCAGAAUUGGAAGACAGAGGCACCACAGUGCAGUGCUCUCACUGUGUAUUUGGUUGUAAUUGCCCGGAAAUCUUUGUCCAGCACGCCAAAGCAGGCGAUAAUCUGAAGCACUACUACUUUUGUGAGGAGUGUAACUACAUUACACUCACACAGCAGGCACUCGAACUGCACUCACAUGUCGCACAUCUUAACACACACCAGCCUCAGUGCCGGAAAAUGACUCCUACUAAUGAUGCAGAGGAAGCAGACCAUGUUCAGUUUGAGUGUAAAAUGGGGUUUUUCACCAGCAGAGACCAAGUAGAUUCAGAGAGACAUUCUAAGAUGGAGAACCUGCGAUCACGCUGUAAAAUUCUGGAUGACCAGGCCAAAAUUGUUCUGUGUAAAGCAAAUCUGUUCAAAUCUGCUUUUGGAGAAACUGCCCAUUUUGCCCAUUGUUCCACUGGAAAAAGGGACAUUUACAUUCAGAAAUCUACCGACAAAGGUUCUCCUCAGUUCAAGUGGCCUGUUGGGUGCACCAAAAACACACUGUCACCGUCUUUGUGGAGGAUCAGCAAACAUGGGAAAUUACUCCUGCAACCGGCAGGAAAAUUACAUGUGGCAACUGAUCUCACCUGUGUGGAAGAAGACGCUGAACAAAAUGGCCACAGGGCAUUUGGCAGCUCAAAGCAGGCAAACUGUCCUGCAACUGCUGAUUUUUUACUGUCAGCUAGAAAUCUUAAAUUAGACCAGAUGUUCUUUGAGGGUAGCAAGAGCGACCCGGAAAGCAGGAGCCUACCAAGCAAGCAAGCAAACCAAAACUCUCCAUCAAUGAGAAAAAUGUCAACACCUAAGCAUAACAGUAUUGACAAAAUGAAUGGUAGUAUAUUGCCAAGGCUUAGCCAGAGGCAUAAGAAACAUUCUGCAGUUAGGGAGUUGGAAAAGGGCUGUGAGGGCGGCCAUAACUUCUGUGAUGACACCAGAAAAGCUACAGGCAGCUUCUUGGAAAGCACCGAGAAUGAAAGGAACCCGUAUGCUCGGCAGUAUUUCAAAAAGAGGCAGAGGUUUUCAGCCAAAGACCAAAGCCCCCAUAUCCUCAAGGAUGAAGGUGAUGGAGAUGAAGACUGCAGUGACAUAGAGCAGCUCAUAAUCAAGGAGGAGUAUAUCGAAACUACAGUGGGUGAUGAUUCCCCAGGAUCACCUCGUACGUCUGAGAGUGAUGGGUUUGAUGUUUUCCCCUCGCAAGUGGUAGAACACAGGCCCUGUCCAUACUGCCCCGCCAUGUUUGAGUCUGGAGUGGGUCUGUCUAAUCAUGUGCGAGGGCAUCUUCAUCGAGUUGGCUUGAGCUAUAAUGCUCGGCACAUGGUUUCACCAGAGCAAGUAGCGCUGCGGGACCAUCAGCCACGGACUCGCAGGAGGAUCCGUACUGGCACGAGGAAAAUGAGAAAAGCUGUUAAGGCAGAAACCCAAGGAGAGCACACAUGUCCGCUGUGCUGGAGUUGGUUUGACACUAAGACUGGCCUCUCCAACCAUGUGAGGGGACACCUUAAACGAAUAGGCCGAUGUGUUACCAGCACCAGUAAGUCCCCACUGUGCAUCCUGAAUGAUCUGCUACAGGACAAAAAGGAACAUCAGAACAUACUCCGGGUCCUCAACGAGGGCCAGAUCCCCCCACGACCCUCGGCUUCUCCGAAGUUCAUCAGCAGCAGCAGCCUGGUCUUGAUGCGUACUGCACUACCAGUGAAGAUCAAGUAUGAGAUAAGGAGUCCACAUGCCAAAGGAGAUAGAUUUGUACCAAAACAAGAAGCCAAAGCCUUUCAAGAGGGGGAGAAGCUCCAGGCAGAAACGCAAAGAGGCAUCCAGGCCUCCUCAAGCACUUUAGUUGAACUACUCAAGACAAGACAGGGAAGUAUGGAACUUACAGCAAGAAACCAGGAGGUCUGUGGUGCCAGGAAGAUCUGUGGUAUGACCAAAGAUUGCAAAGAGGAGACGAGCUGGACUCACGGAGAAUGUGAUUCAAACAAGAUGUGUGGUCAGUGUAACAGCAGCCUCCCCACUGCUGUCAGUCUGUCUGGCCAGCUUCAAGCCUUUGCAUGCAGGAAGAGGAUUGCUGUUUUUGAAGAACCAGGCUAUGAUUAUAAACAGAAGAAGCCAAGACCAAGGCCUGGGUUAAAGAAGAAGAUUUUACCCUCCUUGAAUGCUCAGAUAUACACACUCACCUGCAGAUUCUGUGACCUCGUCUUCCAGGGUCCCCUGUCCAUCCAGGAGGAUUGGAUCAAGCAUCUACAGAGGCACCUUCUGCAGAACAGUGUGCCCCGCUCAGGGAUGGGGAUGGUGGAGGUUUCGGGGUACGGGUCACAAAAAACAAAUAAGCAUGUCUCAUGAGUACCCAGAUUAGUAGGAUUGUAUGGAAUGUCCAAAAGUUUGCACAGCAUUUAUACUACUCAUUGUUAUAGAUUAAUCUGCAACUCCUUAUUGAAAUAUAUGAUGAUUAAUUAUUUAUCUGGACUACUUAAUAAUGGUAUAUAUUAAUGAUACUGAAUAUAUUUGUAAAAACUUUAUUAUAGGAUAUUUUAAUGCAGUAUUUUGCCUUAUACACUUCUACAACAGUGGCAAAAGCCACAGCAUGUCAAUAUGAGCAAUAAGAAGCUGGUCUGGGAGUGCCAUUGUUUAUAUAUAUAUUGUUUUAUAUAUAUAUGUUGCAAUUAAAGUGUUAUGUGUUAUUAUGACAAACCAUUUUGUAAAGGUAGAGAAACCUUUACCGUUAUCAUUAUAACAUUUAAAAUAUGCACCUUUCUUGUAACAUUCUAGAAAUCUUUUUCUUAUUAAAUAUUUCAAUUUGUAUACAUUUUUUGCCAGUAGGACAAAAGUUGAAAGGAGCAUUGCCACUGUUAUAUUGGAUAUAUACACUGAAGCUUUUCAAUGCAGUUAAUAUCUCCUUUUCUUAUCGGCCCAACAUUAACAUAAACCUUUUUUAAGCAGUGUACACGGGCUGUCGUUAGUGUGCUGAUGCUCUGAGCCUGAAUCAGAGAGAAUCUCUCUUCAUCAAAGUGACAUUGAAGAUGCUGCAUUAUGUUGAGACAGCAUAUUCUGACAUUGUUUGUUCUUCUGCUUAACCUUCAACCAUCAGUGUAAUUUCUGAAACCUGGCUUUCAUCAUAGCUAACAAAAACUUUCUAUCGAUAAGAAAACUUUUCGAUUAUAUAGAGAUUAUAAUUUUAUAUACAUAUUGAUAUUUUAGUGGAAGCAGUAAUUCCUUAUACUCGAAAAAUACUCAUGAGCAAUCGUAAGACCUCUGGCCCUGAACAAAUGUCCAUACUUUCAGACGGAACCUGUUUUCUACAUUUCCACUGUUCCACUGCACAAUUCUACAGUGAAGAAAGCACUUUGUCUUUGAUAUUUACUUUAAUCUUGUUUCAUUGCACAUGUGCACAUCGUACACUGAAAGCAUAGCUACAGUUUGUCCUUAGCACGUUCUGUCAUCUAGUCUGCCAAAAAAAAUAUAAAAACACUUUCAUCAUACCGUUUGGUUAAAACAAUAAAAGGAAGAAAAUCAUUGAUAUAAACUCAAUUGUUAUUAAGCAUGUCUAAUGCAUAGGUUAUAAUGUUUCAUUUUAGCUACUGAUUCAACUGAAUGAUCGUUUCGGAGGAGGCAAUUUGUGGUUCUGUUGAACUGAGUUGUGUUAUGUUGACAGGUGUCCACCACAUUUGAAUGAGCAUAGGCUAACACAUCUCACAGUAGAAUAAGGCAAAAAUAGUUUUUAAAGACCACAAACUAAAUCUUCCAAAAUGAGCAUCCACUUGAAUCCUCUUUAACACAGUUUCAACACAAACUGAAUAUUACAGCCUCCAUGAAGGAGUGUUUAUUUAAGGACUAAAUUAGUUUGAGCUCGGUGUUCCUAAUAAGCUGAGUUUAUAGAGUAGCACCAUAGAACAAUAUAGAACAUGGCAAACGUUUAUAUAAUAUAAGAACUGGAAUAAAAUAAAAUUUAAUGAUAUAAAUAUUUGAUCUGCUUUUAUGACCAGAAGUCAGAAAAUGUAUUUAUCUAUCUAACUGUUCUUCCAUGAAAUUUUCAGCUUGUUAUGCCUGAGAUUUAAAAUGUGUAGUUAUGUAGCUUUCCCUAAAAUAAGGUGCUUUUCUUAUUUUUAUCAUUACAAGUUGUUAGAUUAUAUUUGUUUGUACGACAAUAAACAGUUCAUCUUGAUUCUC